GGCCUGUAGGGGCGGCCGCGGCACGAGGAGCCGCGGCGGGCGGCGGCGGUGAAUGGGCGUCGCGGCGGAGCGGGAGGAGCCGGAGCCGCAGCCGCCGUGAUGGCUCAGGAGAAAAUGGAGCUGGACCUGGAGCUGCCGCCGGGGAGCGCCGCGGCCCCGAGCGACGGCGGCGGGCUGAGGAGAUCCAACAGCGCCCCCCUCAUCCACGGGCUCAGUGAUAGCUCCCAGGUUUUUCAGCCUUAUGUGCUGCGAACUCGCAGGAACAGCACGACAGUUACCAGCCGGCACAGCAUGUUGCUGUCAUCAUCUCCUAUUCGUAUUCCUAGUAGUCGACUUCAUCAGAUCAGAAGGGAGGAAGGAGUGGAUUUAAUGAACAGAGAAACAGCGCAUGAAAGGGAAGUGCAAACAGCAAUGCAGAUAAGCCAAUCAUGGGAGGAGAGCUUGAGCCUGAGUGACAAUGACUUGGACAAGUCUGAGAAAUCUUCCUCCCCAAAGAGAAUUGACUUCAUUCCAGUUUCGCCUGCACCCUCGCCUACAAGAGGAAUAGGAAAGCAAUGUUUUUCACCAUCAUUGCAAAUGUUUGUGAGCAGCAAUGGAUUACCUCCCAGUCCUAUUCCCAGUCCAACAAGGCGAUUCUCCAACAGGAGGAGUCAAAGUCCAAUCAACUGCAUCAGGCCCAGUGUUCUCGGCCCCAUUAAAAGGAAAGGUGAAAUGGAAACUGAAAGUCAGCCAAAGAGACUUUUUCAAGGAACAACCAACAUGCUUUCUCCAGAUGUUACACAUCUGACGGAUCUCAGUUCAUGCCUGUCUUCAGAUAUUCUUGAUGGGAGCAGCAGCAGCGUUGGCUCUUCCUCUGAUUCACUGACUAAAGGCAGCAUAACCACGGAGUCGCCAGUUACAUGCUCAAACUCAUGCUCUUCAUUCAUUCUGAUGGAUGAUCUCUCACCUAAGUGACUUAAUCGGUUCUGAGUCAGUGUUUGGCCGUGCUGUUCCCUUGCUGUACAGAGAAAUGAACUCUGAUCCUUGAACCAUUAAUAUGAGGAUUGUUAAAUGGAAGAUUAGUGUAACUGUAAUCCUUGGAAACUUUCCAGUGAUUUUGAUUUAUCCAUUUAAUGGACAUUGUAGACCAUAUUAAUGUCUGGUUUUGCUGAUUUUAUUUUUUAAACAAGAUGUCUGCUCAGAUUAUACUAACUUCUUGCUUUUGAGAACUUGCAUACACUUUUUGAUUCUGAGAUAGGUAUCUACCUAUUAGUGUUGCAGUAUUGAGAAAAAUACUUCUAUCGUUAUCGUGGUCGCUGUGUCUAGGGAAAUAAUUUGGUUCUGAAGGAUUUGAAAAUACUAAUUUAUUUUCUGGCUCUUCAACCAGUGAGUAAAACUAUUUUCCUGCCUUUUUUUUUUUUUUAAUUCAGGCACUAGCCUCAAUUUCUUUGCAGAAGGGAGAAGAUGUAAACGCUGCUAGUAAUUUUGAUUACAGGAGAGCAUGGUGGGUCUGGAGAUCUCACCAUUGCAUUACAGAAACCAACAACAUAGGGAACGACUGUCACUUUUGCUGGCAGUGAAGAAAUAACAGUAUAAAUGAACGUGAUUCAAAUAGCUGCAUAGUUCUCUCCCCACGCUCUUCAUCCUAUGGAUUAUAUGAAAUAAGGUCAAUAUUUAGCAGCAUUUGGCCAAGGAGAAUUAACCCAUGCCUCGAUCUAAGACAUACCACGCAGAUAACUAAGUUAUUAAAACUACUGUGUAGGAGAACACGUACGGCACCAUCAAUGUCUCCUGUGGCAUUGAGGUCAUAGGUAUUUUUGUGCCUUAGGGGACAUUGUUACGAAAUUAUGGAAUGUAAACCGGAGGGGUGGGUGGGAAACGUCCUUUAUGUACAGCUUGUUGAUAGCGUGCUUACCAGGAUCUGUCAUCAGUGCUGCUUUCCUUAGUGUUCCUUUCCAAGGAGUGCUCCGUCGCCGGGUGCUGUGGGCGACCCCAACGAGCUGGCAGCUGUGCAGGAACUUUGGGAGCUGCUGCGUUCAGCGCUGAACGCCUUUGUGACGAGCAGGGCAAGUGGCCAAGGAACGAUGGAUUUCUAACAGAAGACUUCAAAGCUGAGGUUGAGUGGAAGCUCUGCAGGUUGGUUUGGCUUAGGAGUUACGUUGGAGCCGUGACUCGUCGUGAUACAGUACUUUGGUCAGUCUGAAGUGAGACAGCAGAGAAUUUACUUUUUAAAGACUUUAACGGGGCAAAAUAAAUCUGUUUGUAAUCUACUGUGUUAUGCUAUUUAUUAUUUAUAACUAUGUAAAAAGUCUGUGGUGAUGAAUUAUAGUAUUUUUUUAUGAUUGAAUAAGUUUUUUAUGUUCAGUACUUGCUGGCUGGUUUGUAUUUAAUACGCAACGUUGUCUGCCAGAACCGUAAGCUUCCAUUUCUGAAUGUUUGUAACAUAAAUGCUUUUGUUAUCUCUAAGUACAACUUCUGACCUUUUUUGAAAGAAAAUAGCACUGACUUUAAAUUGAGAUAACGUGCUUCAAAAGUGGGCACAAUCUCUGGCAAUACUGUCUGGCUAAAAGGGACAGGAAGAGAUCCGUAGUCCUUUCUGCUCUGAAGAAGCUGUUGAUUUGCAGAAGAUGUGUACCUACCAGAUUAUUUUUAAGAGUGUUUUCAUUCAGCUGUGAGAAGUACCGUGAUGGGCCAACGCUGGCACUGUUAUUUGUAUGAUCAUUUUCACCUGUGGAGCGUUAGUUCCCCGCCUCCAAUAAAUGUGCAUAUUGUAAUAUAUUGUCCUUUGGUGCCAUUUUUAAAUGAGCUCUGCAGUACGGAAUGUUAAUUUUAUUUGUAUAUGCCCAGUGCUAUUUCUUCAAUUUUGGAUGUCUUAAAUUGCUUAAUUAUUUUUUUAUUCAUGCUUGUAUCUUCUCUGCCUUCCUGUUGCUGAAGAGGGCUGCUUUUACAUUUGCAAAACUGUCGAUAAACGGUCUGUGAUGAAAUUCAACCUGUUACCUGUGCCCCACUUUGGUUAUACUGUGCUUUACUGGUUCUGUGAUCUAGAAACCCGGGCAAGGGGUGGCAAAGGGGGGGAACUAUUGCAUGCUUUCUUAAAACAGAAGAGCAUAGCUGUCGCUUAUUUUGGGCUGACUUACCUGUACAAUUGAUGUAUUCCAGAUUUGUUUGUUAGUGGAGAGUCCUAUAUAAGUGCUGGCCUUUGUAAACGUUAGAAUGUAAGCUUCAUAAAGCAAACGCACAAAUAUUGACUCUUGUUACAGCAUCUUCUUAGCGUUCUGGCUAUUCUCCACUCUUCAGAAGGCAUUGCUCUUUUAUAAAAUAUAUAUACAAUACACACGUG